AUGCCGUUGCCAGCUUCCAAUGCGCCUGAUCCCACAAAUGUUGGUUUAUUUGUUGGAAAGCCAGUGUUACCCUUUGUCAUAGGGUUGUACACCAUCCAGAGAUUGUGUACCUUAGGGUGCUCUUGGGACAGAACAAACAAACAGAACAAAGCUUUCUCUUCUUCUGCUGGUGGCUUGGCUUUGCACUGCCAGUACACUGGAAAGUCUUAUGACAUCGGCAGCUGCCCUCUGAUUGGCCACGAGGAGCAGGAGCCAGAUCCAGCCCUGCUGAAGUGGCUCAAGCAAGAGGAUCAUAGAGUGUGCUUUGCAGAGUGGUGCAUCCAUGGUCAGCAGUCCCUGAAGUCACAGCUCUCUGUUAUUUCCAGGAUCGAAAAGAUUACCUCUGUGGAUCCUCCCCUCGCCACUUUUCUGCUGCAGCUCUUUCUCGCCCUGGCCACAUCUCUCCCAGAUAGAGUUCCAGAUAACAGGUUUACAUCUAUGUCACAUCGAUGGACCCACUGGAGUGGCAGAAGAAAAAUGAUGCACAGAGGCUUGCAGGGGGUGAUUAUAUUGAUCUCUAUGGGAGCUUUACAGGGUACAGAAUUGCAGCCCAAGAGAUACAAAAUGCUAUCACAAAUUUCCAGUUUUUAAAUGGCUGUCUGUAAACACUGUCUAUUUUUUUGUUAAAAAAACUCAGUCUUGAUUUCCCCCCCUUCUGCUCUCUCUCUGCUUUCUGCCAUUUCAUCUGUUUACCAUACUUCUUUGAUCCCCUGCGUUUUUACCCCAUUCUUCCUCCAGAGAGCUCAGGGUAACAUAUAGGUUUUGGUCUGCUAAACAUCGAGGUUGUUCUCAUGACCAGCCUAACCCAGCCUGGGGCAGCCUAUCUUGGGUUAGGCUGGUCGUGAGAAGGGGAGGAAUCCCCACAGAUCCUGAUGCUUCCCGCAUAUCUAACUCUUCUAAACAAUACGGCUGAUAGUCAAGGUUAAAGGGUGCAUAUUAUGUGUCUCCUCAGGCUGAGUUCAGCCCAAGGAGACACAGA